UUAUCCACCAAUUUGUAUGGAGAUCAGCCCGAGCCCUGGAGGAUUCUCUUCUGUCUAGCACUGGGCACCAUUCUGCGGUUUUCCCGAUUAUUAGGCACUCUGUAAUUACACCAUCCAUUUCCAAAGUCCCCACUAAAACAUGUAUUAUUAUUUGCUGACACGAUUUUUGGUUCAAACCUCAACAUCCACAAAAUCUGCCGACCUCAUGUUGAAAAAAUGUGAGUGUGGUGAAUUGCUUAGCGUUGGCAGCAGUCACAUCAGGCCAAAUGUUACUUGUAAAUCCUCUGACCGCAUUUGCUGAUAUACAUGUGUUAUAGUUUUCAUAUUGCGGGGUGCUACUGCUGCUCCAAAAGCUAGCAUGUGAUUGGAUGGUGGGAGGGCCAAUCGGCAGCAGUGCAGAAGUUUAGGUGGGCUCUCCUCACUCUAGACUCACAACAUCUUUGGACCUUUUCAAACACAACUAACUGAAGCUGGGAGUAUCAUCUUUUUGCCCAAGAUACAAUGUUUUUCUCUUUUUUGUCUUUUUUGACAAGUAUGGAAACAUAUUUUUUUCUGAUUUGAGAACGUUUUAGCAUGCACCUGUUGACGUUGGAAAGGAUGGACAAACUUGACAUAAAAUCCACUGUGCUAGAAUUUGGAGACAGAAGAGGAGAAGCGAGUAGACUGAACAGAGACGAUGCAUCUCCAAGUAGUUUAAGUGAGAGAUGCCAAGAGACCACUCAAAAUGGAUCACCAAAAUAUAGAAAAUAUGGGUCUCGUCUUGGUGGGGUCAAAGUUCGCCAUAAGCGGCAGGUGUUACAAGACAUGGCGCGGCCACUCAAGCACUGGCUCUAUAAACAUCGGGACAACCCUUAUCCCACCAAAACUGAGAAGGUUCUGCUGGCUUUGGGAUCACACAUGACACUAGUGCAGGUUUCAAACUGGUUCGCCAAUGCCCGACGGAGGCUGAAGAACACAGUGAGGCAGCCCGACCUGAGCUGGGCCCUGAGGAUCAAACUGUACAACCAGUACAUCCAGGGCAAUGCUGAGAGACUGAGUGUGUGCAGUGAUGACACAGACACAGACACAGACGAAUGCCCACUACAAGCCCAGAUUCGGCCUUCAGAGUUUGGCAGGACAUCCUCCCAUCAGAGCCCCCUGCAGUCCCAGAGCAGAGUCCUGUCCAGCGGGGAUGAUGGGGUGUCGGGCCCCUCCAAAUACAAGAGCAGUUUACUGAACCGCUACCUGAAUGACACGCUGCGACACAUGAUGGUGGCAGAGCGAGCGGCUGGAGCAGGCAGGAAGAGGAGGAGCCACUCUGAGUCAUUCAGCUCCAACGACUGUGAGCGGGAUGUGGUGUCGCCAGCAUCAUCGUAUAGCACAGAGGCCAAUUAUGUCUACCACAUGGACCCAGUCGACUACACCUCAACUAAGUCUGGCAGUGAGCUGCAGCAUGGAGGCGACCCUGGCUGGAGAGAGCUGCACGCUGCAGUGGCACUCACCAGCCUGGCCCAGGGACAGAGCAGUGGAGUGUCUGGAGAGCCCCUUACUGUCUGCAGGAGCCCUCCUUUGGACAGACCGUGUGCCAAACCCCACCCGUCUCGCCCGGCCCUCACCAGCCGCAUCAUCCAGAAGUCCUCUCACAUCGCCGAAGUCCAGACUGUCAGGGUGGCUCUGGCAAACUGUGUGUAGCAUUAGCACAUUAUUCCAUAUGGGGAUACCAGAUGCUAAAGUAGCCAGUGCCCUGUUAUGUCUGUAAAACUCUAUGUUAUGUUUCACGUAUGAUUAACUCUGACAUCUGAAAAAGCACCAAACACUAAUGUAUAUUGUGUAACUUUUCAUUUUGAUGUCAUUGACUUACCAUUGCCUUCUGUUCUUCUAAGUUAUAUUAACUUUCAUGAGACUGGAUUGUCGUCCAAUGUUUUGAAUCUGACA